AUGUCUUGUCUCACACCCGAAGCCACUGACGCAAUUUGUCAAAUGCGUGAGAUGCGUGUCGCGGAUGAGUCGACGGUGCGGCUGAUGGAGCAUCUUUUUAGCUGCCCGCCCACCAGCGACUUGCUUCACUCGCUUCUUGACGGAAAGCACCAGGCGGUGGCGGUGGCACUCUUUAAAACAACGCAAGGGAUCCAUUCGAGUAAAAUUCUUGGCUUUGUACUGCGCUUCUUUGCGGAUCUUGUGUUGUACUGUGGCGCGCUGGGGGAGCAACUUGGUGCACCCUCCGCCGAGGAAUUGUUUGGAGAUAAUCCAGCCAAGUCCUUCCUUUAUCUCGUGAUGAUUCACCGUGAGGAGUAUGGCAUUACAGACCCUGCCUUGUUCCUUGCUGCAACCUCGCUAAGAUACGGUCCGAUUGAGAAAAAUGAGGAGGCUUUGCGGCGAUUUUUUGCACAUGUCACCGAUGUGCUUUCGGCGGAGACAUUACAGGUGUCCGCUGUGGCCUUUGCGGUGCAGGGCUGUUCUAUUGUGGCGCGCACGAAGGCACUUCGUAGAUGGUUUUUCGAGGAGCAGAUAGUGCAGUUUCUACCACGACUUCUCUUUGAUAUCGUUGCAAAUGACUCGGCAAGUAUCGUUCAACUCAUUUAUGAGACAUUACUGGUGUCAUGGUUACUCUCGUACGAGUAUCGGGGUGUUGUGGAGUUGCAGAAGCAUAAGAUGAUUCCACAUGUUCAUCGUGUCUUGCAUCGCAUGCUGAAGGAGAAAUGUGUCCGGGUGGCGUUGAUGGUCCUUUGGAACAUGGUGGAGGCGGAGCGGCAAUAUAUCACCCUCAUAUCAAACCCUUCUACGACGGAUUGGGUAAACAGCGACAUCUAUGAGCUUGGUCGCGCCAACGCCGGCAAAGGACCCAACUUCAUUGCGGAAAUGGUUGGUGUGGGCAUGCUAAAGACACUUGCACAACUCUCCCGCCGCAAAUUUGGGGAUGAGGAUAUCAGCGUAGUCAUCAAUGAGCUAAAAAAUGUGCUUGAGCAUAGCAUGGAAAAACUCACAAGCUUUUCAGAGUAUCGUGGUGAAGUGCUUAGCGGAGAGAUGGAGUGGACACCGGUGCACACCAGCAAUAAGUUCUGGAGGGAAAACGUCAUGCAGUUUGAGAACAACGACUACGAGGUAUUGGUGGCACUUGGAAAUACCAUCAUGACAACACACCAGGAUCUUACCCUCGCCGUUGCCUGCCACGAUCUUGGAGAGGUUGUCCGCCACCACCCGACCGGAAAGUCUCUGUUGCUACUUCCACGCAUGGAGGGUGUAAAGAAUCGUGUCAUGGCCCUGAUGUCACACCCUAACCCAGAGGUCGCCAAAAACGCUCUUCUCGCGGUGCAGAAAAUUAUGGUGCAGCGGUGGGAGUAUAUUCAGGAACAGCAGCAGUAA